UCAGUAAACUUUCCUUUCACACCACAUUUAAUCCUUAACUGUCUCGUGUUUCAAACAGUAAUAUGUGUUGCAAAGAAUCCUUCUCCUGGUUAUUGGUGAUGUACGGUAAGCUCAACUUGUUUAUCACAGAGAAAAGUAAACGAUGGCAUCACUGCAGCCAAGCAGGAUCUGUCAAACGUAAAGAUGUAAACAAAUCGAUGUGCGGCAUUUCAAACCGGAUUGGCCGUAGUUACAUAAACAUAGUGGUUGAAGAGGCUGAGUAUAGAUCAAACUAAAAAGACAGAGAAACGCUCCACAAAAUGUCGCUCAACUCAGGCGCACGCGGAUUCCGGCGCGCACCUUCCCUGUUCCGCAACACCUUCGAACAGGUGAAAACUCGCUACGACAGCUUGCAGGCACGGCUCGAUGCAAUCACCUUUCCGGAGCGCUACAAAGGCACGAUACUGGAGAAAUGGGCCAUGUACUGGAAAAAUCUCGUCAUCGACUACAGGGAGAUGGUCAUCGACACGGGACGUACGAUGCGGGAUCGGCCCGUUCGAAGCGGUGUCUACGUGUCGCUGCUGGCCGGCAGCCUAUAUGCCGGUGCCCGCAAUCCUACCGAAACCGAUUUCUACGAACAGUUCCGCCGGUCGUACAAUGAACUGGCGCUGGUGCAUCCGACCUGCCAGAAUCCGGUCGCUUCGCGGCACCUAACGUUUCUGGAACGGUGCCACAACGAGGGCAUCCUGAGACGGUUGUCGCUGGGUGUCGUGUCGGUCCUGUGGCUCGAUAAUUACGACAAAGGGUUGGCCAUCUAUAAAGCGAUCUGCCCGUACCUGCAGCCACGAUAUCUGACCUUCCACGAGCGCAUUAUCGACGUUGGGUUCAAUGGAAAGUUUUGGAUACUGGAACGAAAAAUGGUCGACUACGAUAUCAAUGAGGAAAAUCUAUAAAGUAGGAAAUAAAUUUAAAUGUAUAAAAUCUACCA